AUGGGUGAUCGAGAAGCUGAUGUCCCAGCCCCAAUUACUCGAGCGGAUUUGGACGCUCAAAACCAACGGAUCGACAACCUAACCAACCAAUUUGGGGAGAUGCGAGAAUUGUUGUUGCGAGCUAUUGGUGGCAACAAUGGAAGGGGUGGCAGAGAUGAUAAUCGAAGAGAAGGUAGAGAUGGCGAGAGAAGAGAUAAUAGGAGGCAACUUAUUCCGGAUAAUGAGUCAAAGCUAGAAGAAGAACUUGAGGAACCACCACCACCACCGGCUAAUAAUCAUCGUAAUCGUAAUUAUGAAAAUUUUGGCGAUUAUCGGAUUAAAGCCGAAAUCCCUAACUUUUGGGGAAAUCUGAAGAUUGAAGACUUCUUGGAUUGGCUUGUAGAAGUGGAGAGGUUUUUCGAUAUUAUGGAGGUUCCUGAGCAUAAAAUGGUGAAGAUGGUAGCUUUCCGUCUAAAAGCUACAGCGGCUGUAUGGUGGGAUCAAUUGCAAAGUUCACGGCAGAGGCAAAGAAAGCAGCGGGUUCGUACAUGGCGAAAGAUGAAGCCGCUUAUGAUGGAACGAUUCUUGCCCACAGAUUAUGAGUAG